AGCAAGAUUUUGUAGGGUAAUAGCGGAAAAGGAAAAUCCGACUGGUGAAUGUAUUAAACAAUCGCUGUUUAAUAUUUUAGUCAGCAGGUUUUGAGACAAGACAAACAAAUAUACUUUGUAUUCUGCGCAAUACUGUAUGAUUCUUGUAAGAUUUCUGCUAUGGUUUGUAACUCCAAAAUGUUUCAACACGUUACGAGAUUAUUAUUUUGAAAAGUCUGACCGGAUAUAGAAAUUGCAUUGUUGCUAACUUAGUACUCUGGUAGAAAAUCACUUUGGCCGCAAGUUGAACGAAAUUGCGUACAAAAUGGGAAGAUAUACAUGCGCCUACAACUGCAAACACUCCAGCGAUUCAGAUGUGAAGUUUUUUAAGUUUCCCCUCUACAAUCCCCGAAGACUCAAGAAGUGGCUUGUGAACAUGAAGUGGAAGGACUGGACUCCAUCCCGCUUCUCUGUGCUGUGCAUCAGUCAUUUUGAAGAACAACACAUUGACAGAACAGGCAAAUGUGUGAAGCUGCGAGAUGAUGCUGUUCCCACCGUAUUUUUACCCCAUGACGACACACAGAGGAGGAAAAGUAAGGUUCCCAUCAAACCGAGAAGUAAAAGGUCCAAGGCGCCUGGUGUCAAAGCCCCGCAGACGAGUCCAGCUCAGUCUCCAUCGGCUGCUCCUGCCACAGCAUCCAGAGGCAUCCAGAACAAAGAGCCCAGUCAGACAGAAGAGCCUGCUGGAGACCCAAAAAAGUCUGAUAAAUGGAGGAUUAUAGUGGACGAAGGACUGAUGAAGAUUGAGUCAUUUCCUCAUUUCUUCCAUGGUGAUUACUGUGUUCCACAGUUUGUUGAUUUGCACCAACAGGAUAUUCAGUGGGCCCCAGAUGACAACAUGAAUGCAGAAUGUGACGACCCAGAGAAGGUUAUAGAGGUGAAGGAGCCGUGGCAGUGGCUCGGACUGGAUGUCAGAGGGCCGCUGCCCCAAACCGCCAACGGACACAAAUACAUUUUGACUGUCACAGACUACUUCUCCAAGUGGGUGGAAGCUGCUCCCAUGCAGUCGUGUCUCCCUUCGCAUGUGGCGAAGCACAUCGUGGACAUCAUCGCCCACUUUGGAUACCCGCUCAGGAUCCUGUCCAGACUGCCUCAUGACGUAGUCCACAAAAUCAACAGAGAACUGAAAGAUCAGCUGAAGGUCACCCUGGCGCUCGUCGUCCAUCACCAGCAGACGGGCACCGCAGAUUUGAUCACACAGCAGCUGAUUGACAGGAUGGUGAGUGACCUCAUGGAGGAGCAUGCAGCUGACUGGGAUGUCUACCUGCCCGCUCAGGUUUUCAGUCUGUGUUUCAAAGAGCAUUCGAAGACAAAGGAGAGGCCCUUUUCAGUGCUCUGCUGCAAGGGACUGGAGCCUGUCCAAAGCCCCAGAGGACUGAACUACACUUACACCAAGAUCCAAGAGAGCGCGUUUGUGGUGAGAGGAACACUUCACCUCAGUCAGUUGAUGUGCAAAUCAAACUGAGGCUGGUUUUCUCAACAAACCAGAGAAUGUUUUCAGUCAUGGAAGCACUUUGACUUUGUCAAGGACUGUCAUGGAAAAGUGCUGGAAUCCUGCUGGACUUUGUGGCCACGUUGGGAAUGUGAUAACCCUGAUAGUCUGACCAGGAUGAGGACUUUGUUGACAGGAUGUUUUCGGCAGAUAAAACCGCUGAUUUGUGCGGCGUCCGCCACUCACUUAAGGACUCAGGAUCAUUUUCACCCUGUUCAGGUGUUUUCACUUGUACACACUUUUAGUUUGUUUUGUCUGUCGCCUCAGUAGAAGGCAAUUUCAAGUCUUGGUUGAUAUUUUUCAGUGUAGUAUUUUAUCUCAGAUGUUAGACUAAAAUGAAUUGUCGGAAAAAUGCUGUGACAGACUAAAUACAAGCAUUUUAAAGUCCAAACCAUACUUUACUUUGCGCUUGAGUCGGAUAAAUACAACACUGCCGUGUUUUAUAUCACGAUUUGUUUGUAUUUCUGCAGGUGAGGUUCAGUCCCAGCAGUCCAAAUGUUAGCACUGGCAAAUUUAAGGCUGCUCUGCCUGAUUAUUUGUCAUUUUAUGUCUCUUAAAUGUAAAACAUGUCAAUAAACAUAUUUUUGAUUGCA